CCGUUUAGUAGGUAUGGUAUCCACACACACACAACACACUACACACGUAUCAACGUCUUGACAAUCGUCGAGCCUGUGUCGCUGAGCGACGUGGCUUUGGCUGUGUCACCUCCAGCCAAAGCCGCGCACACCACAGCCACCCAGGCGCGAACAACCGCCACGCUGCAUUGGGCUACAACCACGAUCAACCACAUCGGCAUGAUCCGAUCCACCAAUCAGACAGCCACACAGUGCAUAAAUGCCUCCCUCAAUCACAAGACCAACACAUACAAUAAAUGAUGGUCACAAAGACAGACCAUUUCUCUGCCAGCCUUCGUUGAUCGAUCAGCACCUGCCUGCCUGCCUAGCACGCGACAGGCUCGUAGCUCCCCACCAGCAUCUCGUCUUUGAGCUUAAGGGCCGUGUCGGCAUCAAACAGGUUCUCCACACACGCGAGGGCGAACUCCAGCGCGCUGCCGGGGCCCAUUGAUGUGAUCACCUACACAAACAGGUGACUGGUGGCUUGCCAUGUUGUGGUAUUCUCCUUCCCAGCUCGCACGUUGUUUGAGAUGACGACACGCGGCCCGUCCACUCUGUUGGUGAUCUCGAGGGCAGCGUUGGGGUACCCGGUGGCCUUCUCGCCUUCAAGGAGACCGUGGCUCUCGAGCACCACGGACGGAGCCGCGCAAAUGGCGCCGUACCUACAUACACACACACACACACACACAAAGUGAGUGUGCUUCGGUUGAUCUGUCGUGGUUGUGCGCACCAUUGUUUGGCCUGUCGCUGCUUCUUGAGCAUCUCAGUGAGCGUCGCACAGUCGCGAAGGUGGGUCGCGCCCGGCAUGCCACCUGACGAACAAGGCUAGUAAACUGAUGGAGUGUGCUGCGCGGGCAAGGCCGUCGUUUGCGGUGGCUUACCAGGCAGGAUGAUCAUGUCAAAAUCCUCAUCUGACCGACACACACACACGGCGCCGGGUGGCGUGCGUAUCCUGUCUGUCUGCUGACGGACCUUUGACGUCAUCUAUGUUGGAGUCUGCCUGUAUCUUGACCCCUCGCGACGCCGUAAUGACGCGGUCAUCUCGACCCAUCACAGAGCUGAAAGCCACCACAUCAAAGCACCUCGGCAGAACGCAACGCAUCCAUCGACAGUCUCCCAAGGACAUACCUGACAGUCACCUGCACAGAUGCAAGGAAGCGCACCCACCCAUGGUUGUCUGUCUGUGCAGGUGAGCAUGCCACUCACCUUGGCGCCGGCACGGACGAGUGUGUCGAUGAUGCAGACGGCCUCAAUCUCCUCACUCCCAUCAGCCACUGGCACAAGCACCCUGACGCUCCUUGAGCCGCCCGUCCCCGCCAUGAAGCAGACGCUGCGGCGUUGACGGUAGCUGGGCUGGGCCCUUCUCAAAUACAGGCCGAGUGGGUGGAAGAAGGCGGCCUCUGAAGUGCCGGCGCGGAAGGAUGGAUGGGAUGAUGCAGUGCGGACGGCAGUGAGCAAGACGGGCAGAAAGCACGGGAUCUUCACGUGCAUGUUCUGCAGACGUG